CCGCUCUCUAUCGGGUCACGCUGUCGUUCAUCUUGUUCAAGUUUUGAUUUUCCCGCUCAAAGUUAAGGCGGGAAAAAUUGAAGAAGACAAAAAAAUCAUCGUCUAACGAUUGGAAUGUUUCAUCAUUCCUAUUGAUUCCGUUUCGAUCACCUCUUUUCAUAAGUUCGGCGGGAUUGUUUUUCGCUAGCCAUUGCACCCCACAGCCUGUUUUGAGUGGUCCUUCCAUCCUUGUGCAAGAUGGCCACUGUAAUGUCUCCCCCAUCUUCUCGGGUCGUUCAAUCCAAGUUGGAGACCACCAAUUGGGGUCAAACUUUUCCCGUGGACCUUCAAACCCGGGAAGCCAGUCUGAAGUUGGUCAAAAAGUUGUUGGCCGUUGGCGUGUCCACCGUUUUGUACUUGCGCUCGAAUAUCCCAGAAAGCGCAUACAACAAUUGCCAAGUGGACGACUUAAAUCUACGCAUCUUGAACGCGGCUUCUGAGAGUCGUCCGGCCAGAAAGAUUACCUCUUGGAUUCGAAACGCUGUCGAAGCCAUUGAAAAAGGCUUUUUAGCCAAACUGACUUUAGGGAUGUAUAGGGAUUCCAAUCGUCCAGAAGAAGCUUAUGAGACGUACGUUUUUGAAUUUGAGUAUGUUGGUUCGGACAAGGCCCCAAGAAUGGCCUUCAAUUCCAAAGCAGGCAUGUUAGAGGAAGGCAACGUCAUUUUUUCGGACACGAGGCACAUGUUUCGUCAGAUCAUUCUUCUAACUCAAAACCUCCCACCGUUACCAUUGGGCAUGUAUAUGACAAUCCUCUUAACUUACAAUGAUCACGCUCCUUUGGAUUACAAUCCUCCGGGCUACAAAACGGGCGACCUGGAGUUUGAGGUCGAAAAAAUAAACCAACCUUCCAUUAUGGGCACCGUCACCACUCGGCAUCAUAGGUUCAAAACCCUGGUCCAUUCUGGAGGUUUGGUUGAGCAAAGUUCACCGAUUUCAAGUCAGAAAACCGUGGUAACGGAGCAAAAAAAACGUUCGGUCACGCCUAAAUCUACCAAGGAGAGUUUACCUCCCUCACCUUCUUCUCAGACUGAGUUUCAAGAUGCGGCUCAAUUGACUUCCUCCGGAUCAGAUCCUGGAACCAAAAGCAUCAUAUCUAACUCCCAACCUUCUCAACAUUUGAGGCACCGGGUUCAGGCAAGCGGAGAUAUAGUUGCAACAAAGCGAAACCGUUGGGAACCCAAAUUAAUGGGAUUGGAUGAACCCCAAACUCCAGUGAAAAAACUAAAAAGACCUCGUAUGGCCAAUUGUAUGGCUAGUGAGGUGAAAGAUGACCAUCCCGAGGAAGCUUACUGACAUCAAGGCAUACAAAUUCUAAUCUAAUUCGUUGUCCGUUUUGACUUUAAAUUGAAUCUUAUCCCCAUUGAAUUCGAACUAUCCAUUAAUGUAAUCAGAAUACUUUCCGUGUCGCGAUAAAUUCAAAAUACUUCACAACUUU